AUGAUGUGUAUUUCAUUAUCCAAAGAAUUUUGGCAAAAAAUAUUCAUUACCUUGAAUAGUUUAUUCAUUAUAUUUAAUAUUAUACUACUCAUAUUAGGUAUCAUCACACAUGAUACAUUAUUAAAAUAUACUACUAUUUUACAAGCUCCAGUACCAGUACUUAUUCCAAUGAUUAUCUUUACUGGAUGUUAUGGUUGUAUAGCUUCAUUCAUUGGAUAUAUUGGAUUAUGGAAACCAAUGAAUUUAAUUGCAUUAUUGCAUAUCAGUAGUAUGUGUAUUGUGACACUUAUUGAAAUUGCUAUAGCAACAACAUCAGCUGUUAUGUAUGAUCAAUUCUAUGCAACGACUCAUAAUGCUUUAUUAGAUGCUGUGAAAUGGUUUUAUAAAAAACCUCAAUACGAAAUAGAAAUGAAUAGUUUACAAAAUGAAUUUAAAUGUUGUGGAGCUGAAUCUUAUUUUGAUUAUAGAAAAAAUGGUAUGAAUAUACCAUUCUCUUGUAUGGUUGGUUAUUUAGUUUAUGCAAGAGGUUGUACUAAAGUAUUCACUGAUUAUAUUCAACAAUAUAUAAUUGUAUUCAUUACAUUAUGUUUUCUAUUUACAAUUAUACAAGGAAUCUAUUUAAUUAUUUCCAUUUUAAUGUUAAAUAGAUCUAUGGAUAAAAAAACUUUAUGUACAUAA